AUGAAGUCGCUGCCCAUCUCGCAACUGAAGGCCUGGACGAAGGGGCGAGCAUGGGCGUUUACGGACUUCGAGCUGAAAGACACGGUUGGAAAGGGCACCUUCAGCCGUGUGCGAGUGGUCAAGAUGAAGGCAAGCCAAGAGAGGACUCCAAUGGCACUGAAGAUACUCCGUAAGGGUGACGUCAUCCGGCUCAAGCAGGUGGAGCAUGUGAAGGCCGAAAAGCAAAUCAUGUCGAUGAUUGAGCAUCCCUUCAUCGUUAACCUGUUGGGCGCCUUCCAGGACGAGAGGAGGCUUUUCAUGUUGCUUGAAUAUGUGAACGGCGGCGAGCUGUUUUCGUACUUGCGCAGAGAAGGGCGCCUCCCUAACGAUCAUGUGCGCUUCUACUCUGGCGAGAUAGUUCUCGCCUUCGGGUACUUGCACAGCUUGCAUGUGGUGUACCGCGACCUGAAGCCGGAGAAUGCCCUUCUCGACUUUGAGGGGCACAUUAAGUUGACGGACUUCGGAUUUGCAAAGGUUGUUGAAGAGAGAACCUGGACGCUGUGUGGGACACCGGAGUACUUGGCUCCUGAGAUGAUCCAGUCGAAAGGUCAUGGAAAGGGAGUAGACUGGUGGGCCCUGGGCGUCCUCUUAUUCGAAAUGUUGGCAGGAUAUCCUCCAUUCUACGAUGAGAAUCCUUUUGGCAUUUACCAGAAGGUCUUGCAAGGUCGUGUCGACUUUCCUCGCCACUUUGAUGUCAAAGCGAAGGAUCUCAUACGGCGGCUGCUGACAGCAGACCGGACGAAGCGAUUGGGAUGUCUCAAGGGCGUCGAGGAUCUUAAGAAGCACAAGUGGUACAAGGGCAUGGACUGGGACCUGCUCUUGACGCGCAGCGUCACGCCACCCUUUCGUCCUCCAGUUCAAUCAGAAGAUGAUACUUCCAUGUUCGACAGGUAUCCCGAAAGCACAGAGGCCUCUGCGCCGGCAAUCUCGGCGAAGGAGCAGGAGAGCUUCCAAGAGUUUGACACCACGAUUCUUGGAGCAUGA